AUGCCUUUAAUAUUGAUGGUUGGUUUACCGAGUAGCGGCAAGACGACGAGAGCUCGUGAAAUUCAAAAAUUCUUUACUGAGCAACAGCACAGAGAAGUUGUCUUAAUAUCGGAUAACGAAAUUAUAUCAAAUAUGAAUAUAGACAAGAAUGUUUUGUAUUUAGAAAUGAAGAAAGAAAAAGAUCUCCGGUCAAAAUUGCAUUCUGAUGCCUUAAAGAGCUUAACAAAAGAAAAUGUUGUAAUAUUGGAUUCUGGAAAUUUUAUUAAAGGAUUUAGAUAUGAAUUGUAUUGUUCUUCUAAAAGUUUGAGUACACCAAAGUGCUUAGUGGUGUGUGAUAUUUCAACUGAAAAAGCUUGGGAGCUAAAUGAAAACAGACCUGAACAAGAAAAAUAUGUAAGGAAAACAUUUAAUGAUCUUGUUAUGAGAUAUGAAGAACCAAAUCAUUCAAAUAGAUGGGAUUCACCAUUGAUAAAUUUACAAUUGGACGACACUUUGCCUGCUGAAGAAAUCCGAAAAGCAAUUUUUGAAGUCGCUGCUCCUGUACCAAAUCAAUCGACAAUAAAUGCACCAUUAAAUUCAAGUUCAUAUUUAUAUGAUUUAGAUCAAAAAACACAAGAAGUAAUUAACUCGAUUAUACAGUUGAAGAAACAAGGCGUGGAAGGAGAGAAUAUUGAAUUAGUCGAUUAUGAAGGGAAAUAUCUGAACAAAUUGGAUAAGAGUAUCUCAUUAGUGCAGCUUGCAAAGUCUAGGAAACAGUUUUUAUCGUAUGCCAAAAGCCAUGUUUCAAUUACAAAUGACCAAACAAAUAUUGUUAAUAUGUUUAUACAGUUCCUGAAUAAGUCUGUUACUUGUUGA